AUGUCGUCUCUUGAAGAAGUCGAGAUCGUCAAGCCUAUCGAGAACAUCCACCCGAACAACCUCCAACGAGUACAAAAGGAGGUCGUCAUUCAUGCAUUCCGACAACUCGUAGAGCACUCCCAUCCCUCCAAGGGGAAGGGUAACGUCACGACCACCGUCCAUGCUUUUGCCCACUCUCGGGUUGAGUGGCUGCACAAGGUCGUCCCAGAGCUCGAGACCCUGGCCGAGAAGUACCAUAUCGGCAAUUUCGUCGCUAUCAGAGGCACGAACCAACGGUUUUUCGAGAGCAUGCCAAUCUACGCACGCUUGGGCAUGCACCUGCUGUUUUAUGGGAAGGAACAGGUAAAGUUACUGGAAGGAAACAAACUCGUUGAAGAUACCCUCCGCGAACAGAGCAUUCAUCAAGGGAAAAUCUACGAUUCACCAGAAUCCGCUAAGAAUAUACCGUCCUUUAUCAAGAUGUACAACAUCCAGCUGGAUGAACUGCUGGAACCGGAUAUCCACAAAUAUCACACUUUCAAUGAAUUCUUCUCUCGCAAGCUCAAGCCAGGCGCGCGUCCCGUUGAGAACUGGUAUACCAGACCAUUAGCCUCGCAGAGAAGUUUUGGAUCAAGGGAGACGAAUUCUCUGUACCAUCGCUCCUGGGUCUCGAUCCCACCGAUCCUAUCUGCGAAGCAGUUGAGCGGUGGUUCUCUCGCCAUUUUCCGCCUCGCGCCUGCAGAUUAUCACCGCUUCCACUCACCAGUUGAUGGAAGAGUUCUGACUGAACAUCGGGAUAUCCCCGGUGAAUAUUAUACCGUGAAUCCCCAGGCUGUCAAUGAACCUAACCUUGACGUGUUCACCCGAAACAAGCGCUCCGUCUUACUUCUCGAACACGAGGUCUCGAAGAAGCCGAUUGCAAUUGUCGCCGUCGGCGCACUCCUGGUUGGCAGCAUUGUCUGGACUUAUAAUAAUGAGAUAAAACGUGGUGACGAGGUUGGCUAUUUUGCGUACGGUGGCAGCACUGUAAUUGCCGUCUUCCCGCCGGGGCUCAUUCAAUUUGACGAGGACCUCGUCCUGAACUCGACUGGAAAGAGUGUAGCUGCCAACGGACAAGGAAGCAUCGAAACUCUCGUCAAGGUUGGGUACUCGCUGGGGAAGAUGCCCGAUACUGUAGAGUAA